AUGCUAAAAAGUUUUGGAACAUUAUGGGAUAUAUGUGAAUUAGGGACCAUUUUUGCUCCUGCUUGUAUCGGUCAUAGUUGUAUGGAGCCUCAGAUCGAUGAGGAGUUACAGAUCUUGCACCCCGGUCCGCUACAGGGUUCAGUGUUGAUGCGACAACCAUAUCACCGAUUAGAGGCCAUUUGGAAUGGCGAGGACUCGGGCCCACUUGUGUGCCAUGGUCGCACUAAGGAGAUGGCAAACAUUCAAAUGGAAGAUAAUCGGGUGAUUGACAUUAUCAAAUUGCUAAGGUUGGAAGGAUUGUUUAGAGCCCCUUCCAAAGAGAUCGAUAAUUGCCUAAUAUCGGCCCUAGUUGAGCGAUGGUGGCCGAAGACUCAUACGUUUCAUCUUCCACAUGGUGAGAUGUCAAUCACCCUACAAGAUGUGGAGGUGAUUUUCGGACUUCCUAUAGACGGUGAGGUCUUGGUUGGGCCGACUACUGUGGAGGAUGGGACUUGGAGGCAAGUGUGCGGGGAGUUGCUUGGAUUUACUCCGCCGGAGGACAAUAAAACUUUGGUGGGCCAAAGAAUUCUCAUCAGCCGACUUGUUGAGGCCGUUGCAGCACCAUUGCCUCAGGACGCAACAGAGAUUCAGAUACACCGGUAUGCUCGGUGCUAUAUUUUAGCGCUAGUAGGGGAUAAACUUUUCAUGGACAAGUCAGGAGAUAGGGUGCAUCUGAUGUUCUUGGAGUUCAUGCGCAACCUUCGUGAUCCGCGGCAGUAUAGUUGGGGUAGUGGUUGCUUGGCCUGGUUGUACAGGGACUUGUGUCGGGCAAGUGAGAAAGGUGCAUCGCAGAUUGGUGGGGCGUGCACCUUGGUCCAGUAUUGGGCAUGGGCAAGGUUGCCAUUCUUGUGGCCAAGGAUAGAGCCCCCACCUGGAUGUGAUUAUGGCCCAUGGCCAUAUGCUCCACUUGCAUUUAAGUAA